CUGCAAUCCACUGUCGCCUCGCACCAGAGUAUCGGCCACAAUGUCGUUCAUUAGGACGGGAGGCUCUGUCUGUUUCAGAGUAAGCAAACUCGCUGCACCUGUGAAUACACGUUUCGUCUCCUCUGUCGCUGCUCGCGGUACCGAUGCGCGCAAGACCAGCCCUGAGGAUGCUCCGACUACGCCCCCCAAGGAGAGCUCCUUGAUCAACAAGGAGACCCCUGCCGAAGCAAUGGCCCGUCACCAGCCAGACUACAAUGCUGGUGUUGACCAUGGCACCUCUACCUUCUCUCCUGUGCCGAAGCGUGUUAUGAACGGCAGCGAAACUGGCACACUGGCCGCUGCUAUCGUUUCUGGUGCUCCUAUGGAUCUUCAGGCUCGAACUGUUAGAAUCUAUCGUCCUACGAAGCCUGCCACUCAGUCGGGAACUUGGCACGGCCAUCACUGGCGGAUGGAUUGGGAUAUUUUGGAGAGGGGACACCGAUGGGAGAACCCCCUGAUGGGCUGGCAGUCAUCCGCCGAUGGCAUGCAGGGAACCCACCUGAACUUCAAGUCGAAGGAGGAUGCUAUCGCCUUUGCUGAGAGGCAGGGGUAUGAAUAUUUUGUCCAGGAACCUAAUGAGCGCAAGUUUGUUCCAAAGGCGUAUGCAAACAACUUCCUUCACUCGCCCAAGAAGUUGAAGCACAUCCGGACCAAAUAAACCAUGGUCCGUUGACAUUUUAUGUACAUAACGUGGAGCUUUGUGUGGAAUUGAUCGUUAUUGUUGGAUGUUCG